AUGGGCUCUCAAAUCCUGAAAAUCUCACCAUUUGCUGCCUCUAGAACCUUCAUUCUCAAUUCAACUCAUUUCUCAAGAGCUGUACUAAAUUCAUCAGCCCCCAACAAUUCUCUUUCUAAUUCGCAUAUCAAAUCUUUUUCGUUUGCGAAACCCAUAAAAUAUUGCAAAAAUUUGAGUGGGUUGAAUCAUCUACGAGGCUUCAGAGGUGGGGUCGUGGCCAUGGCGGCACCUGGUUCAGCUUCCAAGUCUGAGGAGGAAUGGCGUGCAAUUCUUUCUCCUGAACAGUUCCAGAUUCUCAGGCAGAAAGGCACUGAGUAUCCUGGUACUGGGGAGUAUGACAAGUUCUUUGAAGAAGGUAUCUACAAAUGCGCAGGAUGUGGAACUCCCCUUUAUAGAUCCACAACAAAAUUUAACUCGGGAUGUGGUUGGCCAGCAUUCUAUGAGGGUAUCCCAGGGGCUAUAAACCGAAAUCCGGAUCCAGAUGGAAUGCGGGUAGAAAUUACAUGUGCAGCCUGUGGUGGUCACCUCGGUCACGUUUUUAAAGGUGAAGGGUUUCGCACACCUACGGACGAACGCCAUUGUGUUAACAGUAUUUCAUUGAAGUUCACUCCUGCGAAUUCUGGAUGA